CAUACCCUAUAGAGAUACUUCCUGUUUAACCGGCUAGCUCGAUUGUUAUUGAGUGCGUAUGCUUUCUAGCAUAUUACAGAGCUCAUUGGUUUUCCCGGAAUGUUUGCAGAAAAUAGCAACCAAGCUUGAGAAUAACUGAUGACUGCGGUAAUAAUAAAGUAAAAGGGAAAUAAGUGUUUUUCACAAGUGUGAUUAAUUUCGACUUUAUCCAUUCGAUAUUACAUUAUGUUACGCAACGUUACUAAGAAUAUUUUACCGUGGAAUAAGAGUGUGCUUUUUAAAAGGUAUAAUGUACCACAGGCUAUACUCGAUGUUAAACAUAAGCAGACUACAACAAAUCAACACAUGGCAGAUGAAACUGAGGAUCCUGAAUUGUAUCGUCCUAUUAAAUACUCUCAAUCGAAAGCUUCUCGAAUGAGAAUUGAUGAGUAUCGUAUCCCAUAUAUAGAUGAUAUACCUGAAUAUCAACCAAUAAUUGUAGUUCUUAGCAUAUCUACCUUUCUAAUUUAUUUCUGUAUAUUGAGAGAAGAGAAUGACAUUGACGAAUUGCUUUAUGUUGACUUAGACACUAGUCUGAAGCGAAUUGGAAAAGAAUAUGAAAAAAAACAGGCUAUGAAAUCUUCGUCAAAGUAGAAAGCUUCUUACAAAUACUAUUGUAAUUAAUUUUGUAAAAUAAUUUCAUUUAUUAUGUAUAACAUACGAUAUUUGUUCGCUAUACUGUAAUGAACACUUGUUAAUAAAUAUAUAUAAUUAACAUUUAUUA